AUGUCCUUCCAUCUCGACCAGACGGCCUACACCUUUUUUGAGGUCUCGCCCAGCGCCAGCGCCUACGAAAUCGGCGAGGCCUACCGACGCAAGGUGCGGCGGUAUCCGGCCAAUCGCGUUUGGGACACGCCUAUGGGCUCGGCUGCCAAGACGGGGCUGCAGGAAGUCGAGCGGUGGUAUGCCUUGAUCAGCACGCCAGAAGCGCGGGCAGCGUACGACGAGACGCUGGCCGGCAAGUCGUGCCGCGAAGCCGACGGUGACGUCGACAGAAGCGACGGAGACAACAGUGCGCACAAAGACGACGUCGACAAGACCAAGGACAGCAACAGCAACGAUCUCGAUGUCAAUAGUAGCACCAUUGUCGCCAUCAACGACACCAUCAACGACACAAACAACGGCGACGCCACUCGCCCGACCAUCCAGGACCUCCUCGUGGCCACCGGCAACCCGUAUCUCUACGGCACCCUGGCCCGCACCAUCUUGGGCCUCAGUAUCCUCUGGCUGGGCAUUUUCAUCAUUGUCUACGGCACGCCCUCCACGUGGCACGUCGUUCGUUGGCCACAGGUCCGCGCCGCCUACCACCGCGCCGUGCUGGCCCAUCAUCCGGACAAACCGGGCGGCGACGCGUCCGCCAUGGCGCAGAUCAACCGCGCCUACGAGUCCCUGCGAGACCCCUACCAGCGGUGCCUUCACGAGCGCGCGCAGUGGCUGUGCGCGCACCUGCGGCGCCGAUCGGAGGCGGAGGCGGAUGUGGUGCUGCCCGUGACGACGGCCGACGUGACGGCCGGCUCGCUGCGCACACCACCAUCAGGCCAGGUGGCCGUCUUGGCCAGUUUGCACACUCUGUGGCAGCGCGCCUGGAACGCAAUUGCUCGGCUUCUGGAACGACUGGCCGGGUGCUGA